AUGCGAUUAUUUCUCUCCAACAUAUGUCGCGAUUCUGUGUUCGUUAAUUUGUGGGUACAACCUAACGAGAGCCAUGACUCUUAUCAAACUCUUAAUAGAAUCGCCGUCCCUGCCGUUGGCGCCGGAUGGACUCUGCAGUGUAAAGUACCCGAUACGAAAAUGGCCGAGGUUUGUGACCUGAUUACCGCAACUAGCAAGAAACUGCAUGAGCAGUUAGAGGCCAUCGGGAGCACCUUCGAGGACGAGACACUGACUGACCUGAAAGAGGACAUUACUACUAAGACGGCUACGUGGAAGGGCGAACUUCACUCGACUAAGACGGCUACGACGACAACGAGUGUGGAAGACGCAUCCACGGUGAAGGUCGAAAGUUACUCGGAGUCUGAACUCCCUGAGAAUGCGGCACGCAUGGUGGAGAUGGCAAUACAACAGGCUUCCACAGAGUUCAAGUCGAAAUACGGCCAGGCUGUCGCAAAUCAGUCGAGGCAAAUGUCAGAAGCCCAGAAGGAGCUGGAGCGAUGCCAGCGUCGGUGCCGAUUCCUGAUGGCCAAGUUGAACAUCCAACAAAGUGAUGCCGAGAUCGAUGCCGCUAUUGAUAGUAGCUCCCAUUGGACCCGUGCUAAGGUCGCCAUCCUCAUGCUACGGGACUCAGCCAAGUUGUGGACCCAGUUGCGUGGUACACCGAAGAAAAUCCACGCGGAAACCCGCAUACCUCGUGAAGACUUGCAAGGAGGUCUACUCAGUCGUAGAGGUGUCUUUGGUUAUCUCAAGUUGACGAAAGGUGUCCAAGCUGGUAGAGAUUUCUCUGGUGUCUUCAAGAACAGCGGCAUGCGUCUUGAGCUGCCCCCUGGCAGUCCUCGGCCGCCUCCUGCGACUCCACCGCCGAAAGAGCCGCUACCAACCAUCCCACUGUUGAAGAUCUCAGGCGAUCCCCCACAGAAACCUGAGCGCGAGAAGCGGGAAGCGAGCGAAGAACGAAAUGACGAGGGUAAGGCGUGCCAACUUUUCUACAACGCAUGCGUGCAGUGCUCCUCCUGCAACUUGAAGUUGCGUGCGAAUGGGUCACAGAAUGCGAUUGAGUUGCAGCGAUUCGCAGUCAAUAACAGAGCCAUCACCGUCCUCUCUCCUUAG